CAUCAACUCAGCCUAUCUCCUCACUAAAAAAUCCUUUCUUUUACUCUAUACGUAGUUUCUAGCAAUCCUUGAGUUACCUAUCGAGAAAAAUUCAUCAUGGCUUCACAUAAUUCUUUAAUUCUGGUAAUGCUUCUCGGCAUCUUCUCUUCCAUGGCAACUGCAAAUUUCUACCAAAAUUUUGACAUUACAUGGGGAGAUGGCCGUGCUAAGAUUCUCAACAAUGGAGACCUUCUUACGCUUAACCUUGACCAAGCUUCUGGUUCUGGAUUUCAAUCCAAAAAUGAGUACUUAUUUGGACAAAUUGACAUGCAACUCAAGCUUGUCCCCGGCAACUCCGCCGGCACCGUCACUGCCUAUUAUCUAUCCUCAAAAGGGUCUACUUGGGAUGAGAUAGACUUUGAGUUCUUGGGAAAUUUGAGUGGAGAUCCUUACAUUCUUCACACCAAUGUGUUUAGCCAAGGCAAAGGAGAGCAACAAUUCUAUUAUGGUUUUGACCCAACUGCUGAUUUCCACACCUAUUUCCAUUUCUUGGAAUCUUCCCAACGCAUGCAUUACACACAAAAGAGGUUGCGUGCGCGAAUACUCUAACCAAUUAGAGAGUUCAAGAACUUGGAAUCCGCUGGAGUUCCAUUUCCAAAGAGUCAACCAAUGAGAAUUUACUCAAGUCUGUGGAAUGCAGAUGAUUGGGCCACAAGAGGUGGUCUUGUGAAGACAGAUUGGAGUCGAGCUCCCUUCACUGCUUCUUACAGAAACUUCAAUGCCAAUGCUUGUAUUUGGUCUAAUGGAGCAUCUUCUUGCAAAUCCAGUUCACCUUCCAGUAGUAAUGUGUGGCUAUCACAAGAAUUAGACGCAACAAGUCAAGACAGGCUCCAAUGGGUACAACAGAAUUACAUGAUCUACAAUUACUGCACUGACACUAAAAGAUUUCCUCAGGGCAUCCCUCCAGAAUGCAGCAUGUCAUAGAAGACUGAGAAAGUCAAAUUUUUUUAUUUUUCUUCUUCUUUUGUCAAGAUAGCUUGAUUCUUUCUUUCUUUGUUUUUCCCUAUUCUUUUGUUCUAUGUAAUUAAAUUCGUGUUUACGAAAUUCAAUCUAUUAAAGAUUUUUUUAUUAA